AUGGCAUAUAGACAAGAGUGUUCCGCCGGACGACUAGUUGGAUUUAUAUGGAUCGUUUUAACACCAUCAGUUUCUCAUGAUCAAGGAGAUCUUGUCCCUGACAGCAGUCAAACCACGACGUUGGCUAAUGAUAGCCAAGAGGAACUCAACUCUUUAUUCCCAUCAGUUCCAGAUGCCACAGUCGCUUCCACUCCAUCAACAUCCUUUACUAGCUCGUUCCCAUCUCAGCAGUCACCUUCUAAGGGAAGUGAUAAUAUGUCAUUCACCGAGGAACCUACUCGAUUAUCGAAACCUUUUGCCCUACGAAAGAAGAAGAAAUUAUCAGGUGUCAUUAUUCCCAGACAGCCACGAAUCAAGACUGAGACCAAAAAUUACCUGCUAGAAAGACCUGAAAGCACCGCAUACUAUUGUUGGAGACCAGAAGGUCGCGGUCAAGUCAUCGUUGAUGAAACAGACUACCAUCGAAUCAAUGAAUUACUUCUUCGGCUAGAUUUCGCCGAUCUUGACCUAGCAAGCUCGAGUUCCAAAAGAUGGAUCAAUGAAGUUCGUUCGGGUGCAGGAAGUAUGGGCGAUGCAUGGGGUCAAUUAGUCACAGGAACUAAAGUCACGGAGAUUACAAGUAAGACGGGUGGCGCAGGCAUCACAACGCUUAAUGUAGGACUCGUACGGAAGAAAAGAAAAUCGAGUGCCGACGAACCCCAGGAGCCUACUCCUACCACGACAUCGGCACCCCAGGUUAAUGUGCUUGGAGCCGGUAUGGUUCGAAAGAAGAUAAAGAACUAA